UUGCUGCAGCACGCAGGCAGUGUGACUAAGUGACAUGAGUGGAGCUUUGUGUCUGAAAAGAGGAAGCUCGGGCUUUGCAACAAAGGCUUGGUUCAUUCUGUGCACCCCUGCAGUACAGAGCAAGGAAGAGGAGAAGCAGCAGCAAGGUCUAGCAGCAGCAGACAGAAGACAGACACAUAGAAGAACCCAGGACUGAGGAGCAAUUAAAGAGGGCUUGCUUUUUUCAUCAAAUUCCCCGGGCCAAGGAUGGAGCUGUGGAGGCAGUGCGCCCACUGGCUGAUCCAGUGCAAGGUGCUGCCCGAAAAUCACAGGGUGACCUGGGAGAGUGCCCAGGUGUGUGAGCUGGCACAUGCCCUGAGGGACGGGGUGCUGCUGUGCCAACUGCUGAACAACCUCCAGCCCCACUCCAUCAACCUGAAGGACAUCAACCUGCGACCACAGAUGUCACAGUUCCUGUGUCUGAAGAACAUCCGGACAUUCCUCACUGCUUGCCAGGAGAAGUUCGGGAUGAGGAAGAACGAGCUGUUUGAGGCCUUCGACCUCUUUGAUGUCCGGGAUUUCGCCAAGGUAAUCGAUACACUAUCAAGUCUCUCCUACACAAGCAUCGCACAAGAUCGUGGAAUAUUGCCCUUCCCCAGUGAAGACAGCGUCCCAGAUGAGGAGAUCUACAAUGGCCUCUCAGAUAAGAUCGAUGAUACAGGUGAGGAUGAUGACGAUCUGUACGACUGCGUGGAGGAUGACAUCGAUGAAGGUGACGAGAUUUACGAGGACCUCAUGAGGACGGAGGCCCCUCCUGAGACGCAUCACAAGAUGACAGAGGUGGACAAGAGGCAGUGCUGCCUGCAGGAGAUCAAACAGACGGAGGAGAAGUACACCGACACGCUAGAGUCUAUCCUACAGCACUUUAUGAAACCCCUUCAGAGAUUUCUACAGCCUCAAGAUAUAGAAAAUAUUUUCAUCAACAUUGAGGAGCUGGCAAAGACCCAUCGGAGCCUGCUGGAGGAAAUCCGGAGCUCCAUCAUGAUGCAGGGAGCAGCCAAUCUGUACCAGGUCUUCAUCAAGUACAAGGAGAGUUUGCUGCUCUAUGGUCGGUACUGUAGCCAAGUGGAGGCAGCUUCCAAACACCUGGACAAGAUAGCCAGCAUGAGGGAGGAUGUACGGAUGAAGUUGGAGGAGUGCGCCAAACGAGCAAACAAUGGCAGGUUCUCCCUCCGUGACCUGCUGAUGGUCCCCAUGCAGAGAGUCCUCAAAUAUCACCUCCUGUUACAGGAGCUGGUCAAGCACACCACCGAACCCCCAGAAAAGGAAAACCUGCGCACAGCUCUGGAUGCCAUGAAGGACCUAGCACAGUGUGUGAACGAAGUGAAGCGUGACAAUGAGAUCAUCCGCCAGAUCACCUCAUUUCAGCUUUCCAUUGAAAACUUGACACAGUCCCUGGCCAUGUAUGGUCGACCCAAGAUUGAUGGAGAGCUGAAGAUCUGUGGUGUAGAGAAACGCUCCAAGCAGGACAGGUAUGCCUUCCUCUUUGAUAAGGCCAUGGUGGUGUGCAAAAAGAAGACCAGCGAUACCAUGGAGCUGAAGGAGACCAUCAACUUGUACCAGUACCAGCUCCGUGACGACACCUCGGGGGAGAAGGACAACAAGAAGUGGUCCCACAUUUUCUGCCUAAUUGACCCUUAUGGGCAGAGCGGCUACGACCUCUUCUUCAAAACCAAGGAGCUGAAGAAGAAAUGGCUAGAGCAGUUCGAAAUGGCUCUGUCCAACAUAUUCCCAGAAAACAGCACGGCCAAUAGCCAUGACUUUCAGAUGCACAGCUUUGAUGACACCACUUCCUGCAAGGCCUGCCAGAUGCUCUUAAGGGGCAUCUUCUUCCAGGGGUAUCGCUGCACACGCUGCAAGGUAGCUGCACACAAGGAGUGCCUGGGAAGAGUGCCUCCCUGCGGGAGAAACUCAGAUUUCUCUGUUACAAUCAGAAAAAACAAAAACAACAGAGCCACACUUCACCGACAAAAUGACCCCGGUCUGCCCAAGAUGGAGGUGUGUAGCGAGUAUUAUGGGCUGCCUCCUCCGCCAGUGGCGUUCGGCCAGCCACUGCACCUCUCCCUGGGCGACAUCAUCGAGCUGACCCGAGCUGAGGCUGACCUCCAGUGGUGGGAGGGCAGGAAUAUCACUACAGGAGUAGUUGCAGGAUGGUUUCCGAGCUCUAAAGUCAAGCCCUUCAUAGCUAGGCCCAUCCCAGACCUGUCCUUUUACCCUUGGUACGCGGGCAGCAUGGAGCGGGCAGGGGCGGAGUCUCUUCUGAUGAGCCGAUCUGAUGGGACAUACCUGGUGCGGCAGCGACAGAAAGAUGCAGGGGAGUACGCCAUCAGCAUCAAGUACAACGUGGAGAUUAAACACAUCAAGAUCACCACAGCCGAGGGGCUUUACCGCAUUAAUGAGAAGAAGGCAUUUAGAGGAUUAAUAGAACUGGUGGAGUUCUAUAAGCACAACUCGCUGAAGGAGUACUUUAAGAACCUGGAUACCACCUUACAAUUUCCCUUCCAGGAACCUGAGCACAGCUGUGUCACGCCCUCUCCAGGUGGCAGUGUGAAGUACUUCGGCAGUGCCAGAGCCCGUUAUGACUUCUCAGCACGGGACCGUACUGAGCUGUCUCUGAGAGAGGGAGACAUUAUCAAGAUCAUCUCCAAGAAAGCACCCAGUGGCUGGUGGAAAGGAGAGGUGUACGGACGGGUUGGCCUGUUCCCAGCCAACUACGUAGAGGAGGAUUACUCCGACUAUUGCUGACAGACAGGCGUCGUUGACAUUCCUGACAACCUGAGAUAAAGUGCAGAUGGGUGGCCGAUCCAGGGGCACGCUGACUCUUCAUAUAAGCACUGAGUGGACCCACACUGGGGGUGGGGCUGAGGGGAGGGCAGUAUGGGCCUUGACUCCCAGCAUCGCCCACCAGUGGAGCCGCACAGCCACACUGUCCCCCGGGCAUUCCCCAGCCUCUUAUUUAUUUGAUUUUCUUUUUGUUUUGUCUUUCGAGAAAAGCCCAGACCCUGCGCCCUUCAUGGGGGGACUUUUCGAUGGUCUUAUUUUAGCCUUUUUAUUUGGUUGGCUUUGUUUCUUGUUGCCUUCCACUCCUGCUUGGCUGUGGCGGUGAUUGUAGUACCACAAUUCUGCUGGCAUCCCGAUGAGAAAAUGAUCCCAGUGCUAACGUAAAUAAAACAAUGGACGUCAAAGCUGGUGCUAAACCUUUAAGUACUUUGGGCAAAUCUCUGCCUUCACUAGAGCUGCCACCUGCAGCUUUUCUGAUCAGUAGCAACUCUGGUGAUGCAACAGUGAAUUUCAUAAGCAAGCAUGUGUAGAAAGCUGUGAAGAGUGCUGCCCCAUUGAUGACGAAGGAGGAGCUACCUGCAACUUCUUCUUUUUUGUCCCAGUUGAGGAAAUGUGGCUGCUGUCAGCGUUUUCCAGUUACGACUGUGACUUACGGGAACAGUUUUUGCUUGAAACUUCAGGGAACUGUCAGAUUUCUGCUUACUCAGGUAAAGCAGGGGCAGGUUGCGUAGCGUGGGAAAUUCAUUGCUCAUCUCCUCUCAUCAUUAGUCUGAUUUCCAGAAGACCGUUCUGUGUUGCCAAAUUUGUGCUCAGUUUCUUGGUUUGUGUCUUGAUACACCGUUUAAAAUAAUGCACACGUAUAGUGAAUGUAAUGUCCUUAUUGAAUAAAUGAUGCAUUUGUUUUCCCCUUA